AAAAAUUGAGAUAAAUCAGUUAAAUACAAUGACUACAGCUUCUAAUGAUAAUUCGGUAGAGAAUAAAUAUUCUAUUCUUCUUCCUACCUACAAUGAAGUUGAAAAUUUGCCAAUAAUUGUAUGGUUGAUUGUAAAAUACAUGACUGAUUUAGCUCCAUAUGAAAUUAUCAUUAUUGAUGAUGGAUCUCCAGAUGGAACAUUAGAGGUAGCGAAAAAACUCCAAGCACUUUAUGGUGAACAUAGGAUUGUGUUAAAACCUAGAGAGAAAAAGCUUGGACUUGGUACUGCUUAUAUUCAUGGAAUAAAACAUGCAACCGGAAAUUUUAUUAUAAUUAUGGAUGCAGAUUUAUCUCAUCAUCCACAAUUUAUUCCUAAAAUGAUAGAACUCCAAAAAGAAAAGAAUUAUGAUAUUGUUACUGGAACAAGGUACAUUGAUGGUGGAGGAGUCUAUGGCUGGGACUUUAAACGAAAGCUCAUUAGUCGCGGUGCUAAUUUUUUAACUCAAAUACUUUUGAGACCUGGAGUCAGUGAUUUAACUGGCAGUUUUAGACUCUACAAAAAAGACAUUCUGCAAAAGCUCAUCGAAUCUUGCGUGUCUAAAGGCUACGUUUUUCAAAUGGAAAUGAUAGUUCGAGCCAGACAGUUUAAUUAUACCAUUGGAGAAGUACCUAUUUCAUUUGUUGAUCGAGUUUAUGGACAGUCUAAGCUCGGUGGCUCUGAAAUAAUUCAGUUCAUCAAAGGACUUCUCUAUCUAUUUGCUACUACUUGAAAGAAAAUAUUAUUUAUACGCAAAGCAAUCUAAUUCAUCUACAUUCCAUUUUUCUAUGUAAAUAAUCGUCAAUAUUAUAUAAAAAUAUACGUAAAUUGCUGGUUUA